UUAAAUUGUGCUGAAAUAUUUAUUACGUUUUAAGCAUUAGUUAGUAGUGAUAAACGUUUGGUUUGAAUUGGACGUUUUAAUACUUUUCAAGUGUUUCGAUACGAAAUUAAUUGAGUAAUUAAAAAACAAUGUCGGAAGAUGCCUACGUGCCUCCACAACGUCGGCGUGGUGCUGCCCAAAAACAGGAGCAGAAUGACCAUUCUAUUCGGGGUCAAGGGUCAAGAGGGAGGUCGUCGUGGGUUUCAAGAAAUCCGCAAUCACCGUCCUCAUCACAUUCUUGGGGUGAUAGAGGAGGAUCCAGGGGGAGGGGGCGGGGAACCGGAGGAUUUGGCAGGGGAAGACCGAAUACAGAUCCGGAGAGGGACGGACCAUCAUUUUCUACUCCACGGAAACGCAUAGAUGUUCCAUCUGAUGGUAAAAAUGGAGACGUGACGGUUCGGAAUCGAGAUGUGACGUACCAAAAUAACAGCAGGCGUCUCAUCCUGGGAUUCCGAUGGGUGGAAGGCCUCCUCCUGGAAAAAGAUAGCGACAAGUGCAUCAUGACCAGCGCAAGGGAAGGGGAGGAAUGGACCAAGUUUUUAGAAUCGGAUCCCAUAAUUUCCACCCGUCGGGUGGGGGAUGAUGGUCUUCUCCUAAGAAUGGUGAUGUUCCUUCUGGGGCGAAAAGUCUGCUCGGAACAAGUUCUUCUUACCUCGGAUCAAACCACGAUUAUCGUGGCCACCUUGAACGCACAAAAGUUUCUGGAUAAAAUUCGACAAAAAUUGGGAGAUUUGUUAAUUUCUGGAUUUGAUGCGAGUUCUGAGCGGGGUACAAUUUCGGAGAAAAAUAGUGAAACAGGACUUGACACCACAACGAAGGGAUUUAUUCAAGACGUUUUUAACUUUUGUUCCUUCACGACAAAACGGAUGCCUGAAAGUGCUCGGGAUUUUUUAAAGAAUACAGUUCUUACUGCGGCGUACGGAUUGGUGAUGGCGAUUAAAGGUGUGGAUCCUUCCGUGGCGGAAUUUGAAGUGCCUUUGAAAGAGCUUAUGUUGCAGCUGGAUACGUUAUCUAAGAGAGAAGAGGUGAAACAAGUACUCAAAACUAGGCGCGGGUCUACGGAAGAACAAUGGAAGUAUUUGGACGAUAUGGAACCACCCUGUAACUAUCGAGAAAUGACGAUCGUCCCCUCCAUGCAAGAACUCAUGCGGGAACGUCGAGAGGACGUCUUCCUUCGGCGGAACAAAACCCGCGGUGCGUACGCGAGUCCCCUGGACUAUCUGGAUAUUCAAUUCCGUCUCAUGAGAGAAGAUUUCGUCUCACCGUUACGAUCAGGCGUUCAAGAAUUUUUGCGACAUCCAAUGGAAUAUUCUCAAGGACGGAAAAAAAUGCCGCUAGGAUCCAUCCGAAUAUACAACAAUGUGCAAAUUCUUGGAUCAGAAUUGCUACGCGGGGUGACCCAUUUCUGGCUCCGUUUGCCUGAAAAAUUUACUCGUAAGGUAAAAUGGGACCGAUCCAAACGUCUCCUCCCCGGUUCGUUGUUGGUCCUCACGAAGGAUGCGUUUAAAACUGGUUCAUUCGGUGUUGUUGGGAUACGAGAUGCUGACAAAUUGAAGAAGUCUGGGGAACUAUCAUUCAUUCCAGAGGGAGACCCACCAAGUUACAAUGACACAGAUAAUUUUAUGCUGAUAGAGAGUGAAGUUUAUUUUGAAGCUUACCGAUAUGUCCUGAAAACCCUACAGAAUUUGGAAUUGGGGGACUUUCCCAUGGCAAAAUUUUUGGUUGAUGCUAGCUCUGAAAUUUUGGCUCCAAGAUAUCUAGCAAAUAAUGAGACUGACAAUGAACAAAAGAAAAUGAAACUAGUUAUCCCAUCCAAGGAAGAGGACGAUUACAUAGCAGACCUGCUGACAAAAUUGCUUAAAAUAAAUCAUCCUCCAAAGGAAGAGGAAGAAGGAAUCAUGACGAUUAAUCCAUUAAUUGAAACCGACUGGCCAUCUGGGGAUACUUUAGGUUUGGACGAAAAUCAAUAUGCCGGCUUCCAAGCGGCCAUAAUGAAGGAAUUUGUCAUUAUUGAAGGACCUCCGGGAACAGGAAAAACUUAUUUAGGGUUGAAAAUAGCGGAAACAUUGCUCAAAAAUCAUGACCUAUGGAUGUCUCAAAAAUCAGCACAUUCCGAGAAAAUUGGACCAAUAGUUGUCGUUUGUUACACAAAUCACGCUUUGGACCAAUUCCUUGAAGGAAUUACAGAAAUAUUAGAGCAACAAGGCAAAAAGAAAACACGAGAAUUUGUACGCGAUUGCACUACUAGUAUUGUUCGUCUAGGAAGCAGAAGCAAGUCUGAAAAACUUAAAGAAUUCGAGUUGUCCAAUGUCAGAAACCGUGGUGGUUGGCGUGAAUCCCAGGCGGAGUAUGAUCUACGUACCGAAGCCCGUCAGGCGGUACAAAAUUUGGGAUGUCAAGUCGAUUAUCUAAAGGAACAGUACAACGCACUUAAAGAAAUGAAAGGAAUUGUGGAUUUUCGGUAUCUCGCAGUAUGGGACUCAGUACGUCCUGAAUUUCCUCCGUGCUUAUGGGGGUUAUUGGAAUCACUAGAAUUCUUCGAAUUUAAUGAUGCAUUACUCUCACACGGAAACUUUGAUGCUACGGCACUGGUUAAUUCUUGGUUUGGUAGAAAUCCGAAUUCAAAGUUGCCCAAGAAAACCCCAGACUAGGUCGAGGAGGACGAUCAACUUGAAAAAGAAGACUACGAUCUCGAAGAGUUGCUGUCAACCCGAAUGGUAGAUGACUACGAGAGACGCGAAUUCAUCCCCAGCAAUAAACAUGGAGAUCCGCAUGUAUUAACUUUCCUUGACAACCUGUCAUUGAUGGAUUGCAAAAAGAGGAGGUCAAAGCUUGAAGCAGAAUUGACGACAGCUUUAGAAAAGUAUAACAUUCAAAUAAACACCGGGACUGAUCAAGAAGUUAAUGAUCAAACGAUUCAGUUUAUAAGAAUGCGUCAAGUGCUGAACGAAAAUCGUAUCAACCUAUUGCAAAAUAUACUACCUCGUCUAAGAGGCAUGAAAAUUGACAAGGAAGCAGUACACGAGACGCUUAAGGAAAUGUGGGGUUCCCAGAAGCCAUGGCGGAAAAUAUUCCCAUCAGUCAUAUCUCGAUGGGAAGCAUAUCUAGUAGUAAUUGAGCGGUCCAAAGAGCUGCUAAACGAACGCCGCAAAGAACUUGAACCCGAGCUGAUUAUAGCUGAGCGGAGGUCAGCACAAAUUCGGAAAUACGGUGACAGUCAGAUUUUAAAGCAUUGCAAGGUGGUUGGAAUGACGACAACUGGGGCUGCAAAGAAUUAUGAUAUCCUGCAAAAUUUGAAUUCAAAAAUUGUUAUCGUAGAAGAGGCAGCAGAAGUUCAAGAGUCUCACAUUGUCACACGUCUCACAAAAAGUUGCCGACAUCUAAUCCUGAUUGGAGACCAUCAUCAAUUGAAACCAAGUACCACAGUAUAUGAGCUGUCAAAAAAUA